AUGUCGACAGUCAUCUCUUCCUCCCAUGCCCCGUCGGCGACUGCGAAUUCGACGGGUCCGCGAGCGCCGCAUCAAGGAGGGGUGUUGGAUGGGAUCAAUCCGAGUCACUAUGAUUCCAAGAACCCUCUCAUUCUCUUUAUUAUCCAGGCCGGUAUCAUCAUCAUUUUCUGCCGUCUCCUCCAUUAUCCUCUCUCAAAGCUACGCCAACCUCGAGUUAUCGCGGAAGUCUUGGGCGGAAUCAUACUUGGACCAUCCGUCCUGAUGCGGAUACCCGGAUUUCAAGCUGCCAUCUUCCCUCCAGCAGCAAUGCCGAAUCUCAACUUGGUCGCCAAUCUUGGGUUGAUCCUCUUCCUCUUCCUGGUUGGUCUCGAAGUCAACAUGAAGAUGUUCAUGUCCAACUGGAAAGUCGCACUGAGUGUUGGACUAGCUGGAAUGCUAUUACCAUUUGGAUUAGGAGCUGCCAUCGCAUAUGGUCUGUACCACGAGUUCCGAAACGACCCCAACACUGUGCAUAUCAGCUUUGGAGUUUAUAUGCUGUUCAUCGGAACUGCCCUCGCAAUUACAGCGUUCCCUGUACUGUGUCGAAUCCUGACCGAGCUAAAACUCCUCAGCACGCCUGUUGGAGUCACAGUUCUGGCUGCUGGUGUAGGUAAUGAUGUUGUUGGAUGGAUUCUCCUGGCUCUUUGCGUUGCAUUGGUCAAUAACGGUUCUGGCAUCACCGCGCUUUAUGUGCUGCUUUGCUGUAUUGGUUGGAUUCUUUUCCUUUGCUAUGCAAUUCGUCCUGUGUUUAUUUACGUCCUUAGACGCUCUGGGAGUCUUCAAAAUGGCCCAACCCAGUCGUCUGUAGCGUUGACUCUCUUGCUGGUAUUGUUGUCCUCUUGGUUUACCGGUAUCAUUGGCGUCCACGCCAUUUUUGGAGCUUUCCUUGUCGGCCUAAUCUGUCCCCACGAAGGUGGUUUUGCGAUCGGACUCACAGAGAAGCUCGAAGAUAUGGUGUCCGUACUACUUUUACCGCUGUACUUUGCCCUUUCUGGAUUGAGCACGAAUAUUGGCCUAUUGAACGAUGGCAUCACUUGGGCCUACGUUAUUGGGGUUUGCGCUGUCGCAUUCGCGGGUAAAAUCAUUGGUGGUACAUUAGCCGCAAGAGCCUGCAAGCUUGUAUGGCGCGAAAGUUUCACGAUUGGAUGUUUGAUGAGUUGCAAGGGUCUGGUCGAACUCAUCGUAUUGAAUAUCGGAUUACAAGCCAAGAUCCUCUCAACAAGGACCUUUACUAUCUUCGUUGUUAUGGCUCUUAUCACUACUGUCUCUACGACACCAAUGACAAUUGCGCUAUAUCCUCCUUGGUAUCAGAAGAAGCUUGAUGCUUGGAAAAGAGGCGAGAUUGACUGGGAUGGAAAUACACUUAACAAUGCCAGCAGCGACUCUAAUACAGAAGGACCAUUCGAAAAGCUUCAAAGCACUCAAGUUCGAAAACUAAUGGUCUACCUACGACUAGAUAGCUUACCCAGUCUUUUCACAUUUAUAUCAUUGCUAGGGGGUGAUAAAGCGUCUGCGGCUGCCAAGAUUCACAGGAACAAACUCGCUCUCGCUCCAGUACCGGAAGGCUCGGAAUCCUCAUCUGCGACGGUCAUUGGAAAACGGCCGCUGGAGGUUCAUGGACUUCGAAUUAUCGAACUGACAGAACGUACUUCCUCUGUUAUGCAGGUUGCCGAGCAAGAUGAGUUUUCGAAUCGUGACCCAGUUGUCAACGCCUUUAGAACCUUUGCGCAACUCAGUAAUGUCGCGGUUACUGGUGAUGUCCAGAUUGUCCUAGAAGAAUCUUUUGCAGAAACUUUGGCAUCACAAGCAACCGAUCAUGCAUCGGAUAUGGUGUUGAUCCCAUGGAGCGAGACGAAUAGCUCCACAGAGUUGGAUGGCCGAAAGGAUAAUAUUUCCAGCGGUUUACAAGAUGUCUUCAUACGGAAAACUCUAGAAGACGCCGUUUGCAACACUGCUGUGUUUUACAACCGAGGGUUUGGUGGUCCUUCUAUUUCUGAGCCAAAGUCAUUGGUCCGGACUGGCAGUCGAUUGAGCUUAAGAAGCAAUCGGGAGCCUCUCACUGCUCCUAUCGCUGAUCGAAGUCAUCAUAUUUAUUUCCCUUUCUUUGGUGGCGCCGAUGACCGCGUUGCACUUCGAUUCGUGCUUCAACUCGCCGGCAAUACAAAUAUCACGGCUACUAUUGUUCACUUUAUCUUGCCUCUUCAAUCAACAAAGGAGAGUGUCACAGAGACCGUAGGACCUGCAUCGCUAGGUGGAAGCUCCUCAAGAUUGGACAUCACUGAACGAAUGGAUACGGACACGCUACAUGCCAGCGCAGCUCGAGACACCACUCUUCUUCAUACUCUCCGCGAUUCUUUACCAGCAGUUCAAGCAACUCGUGUGGUCUUUGUAGAAAAGUCAACCACAACGCCAAUUGCCGAUUGCCUUGAGCACGCGAAGCAAGAAAUUGGUCAAUCGCCCAACAAUGCCGGAGACUUGAUCGUCGUCGGUCGUGGAAGACAUGUUCGUUUAUCUGAUAUUGAAACACAUGGUAACGCUGGUUCCGAAAUGCGCAAAACUCUAGGUAUUCUUGCCGAGUCUAUCAUUUCCAGUGGCGUAAAGGGUAGUGUGUUGGUGAUCAAAGCAGGCGGACGAGGACUAGAUGACUGCCAAUCGACUCAAGCUCCCCUCCCAAACUCAGCAACCACGUUGUCAAGUACGGAAGAAGCCACAGACGGUUCGUCCGUCGGGCUGGAUAUUGACGAGCAAGAGCAACUCCAAGAGUCGAAGCUGGACACCGAUUUAAUAGCCCGCGCACAAUCUCCUCCUCCUCGAUAUCCCAAUUCGGAGCCGUCAACCUCAGCGCCAUCCUCACCUCGUCCUCCACCGUUCUCCUCUCUCUACACAUCAACCGCCGAAGUCGUCGAAGCAUACAAAAGUGCGGUCACUGAAGCCGGCGCAUCUGCUUCGGUCCCAGCAUACGCGCCCGUCGCUACCGAAUCACAUCAAGCCUCAACAUCCUCUCAAGACGUCGUCAGCGAAACCAAAGCUGCUCUUCCGCAGGAUACCAAAGGAGAAUCUUCCAAGAAAGACGACGAUUCAGAACCGCCGCCCGCUUAUUCAGAGGGUUCUAGCCCACUCGACUCUUUUACAUAUCUGAUGGCUGCCGCAGGAGGUGCUGCGAGUAUUCUUACUCAGGUGCAGCAAAGUGGCCCAGCGCCGAUUAAUACUUUGGGAGAUGUUGGCGCAGAUGAGAAUAUUACCAUGGACCUUCGGGGCCAGCGGUUUACUCUUUCACGCGAUGAACUCCUGACACUUCCCGAAUUCGUUCUUCUCUCCUUGUUCCCCAAUGGACUCCUACCAGAUGGUCAUCAAAACACAUACCAUGAAGGAGAUGCUUUCCAAGUUGAUUAUGAUCCUGCUUCCCUUCGAUACAUGCUUGAAUUCUUUCGCAACGUUGCCCAAACAAUCCCCUCUGGUUCAAACUCUCCUUCUGCGGGACCUGAAGCAGAUGCAAUCCCAAUUGAACCAAUGGCUGGUUCCGCACGAGAAAUGUUACAAGACCGUGCUGGUAUAAUUGUGCUAAGAGAGGACUUGGAUUUCUAUGUCAUACCACCAAAAGCAGAUAUCGAACAACCGGAAAUGAUCGAGGUGAAGAGAGCUGCUGGAAAGGCGUUGUUGAAACAAGAUGGUAUUUUCUCUGGUCUCCGAAGGAGCGAGGAGACUGGCACGACGGAGCAGCAUUUGAUUGAAAUGCUGACAGCUGGCGGCUUCAACCACGACGACCAAUGGGGUCACCGCGCCAACGAGCCCAACAAAGCAGUCAUCUGCAGUCUCGCGCUCGCCCGUCUCCGCACCGAUAUCCGCGGCGCGGAAAUGGCCAGUAAUGCCGUAGGCAUGGCGCAAAAGCUUCUGCUCUUCUGGCGGAAACCCGCGAGGAGAUGUUGGUGGGAGGGCGUUGAGUUGGAGGGGGUCGAGGGUGUGGAGGGGAAAUUGAAGGUUUGGAUUCGGAGGGUGUGGACGUUGGAGAUGAGUGUUAUUGGGUUGCGUUAA